GCGUAAACCUCUCCUCUCCUCUUACGCUUUCCCCUGCCCCCCACCUCUCCCCACCUCUGACCACUCACAGACACACUGACCAGCCGGGAGUCAGCUCCAACAGCGGGACUCUGGAGAUAUGCAUGUUUACACUUCCUGCUGAGAGUGUGGGACACACUGGGAAAGUCUCUCCACAGAGGCAGAGGGAGUAAGUUGCUCUGCUGGAGUAACUGUUCUCUGGGCCACGCUGCCUUUAUGGUGUUUGUUUUGGAUUAGCAGGGCAAAGGGAGCGGUUUCAAAGGUCAACGGGGACUUCAGAGGCUGACGUGAGGGACUGGGAAUAGGAAGGAGCUUUGGAACGAGCGUGUCAGCAGCCUGCUCCUCAGACUUGGAAAGAGUUCAGUUCCACUCGCUGCCGGGACAGCUUUCGGGUUUAUCAUUAAGGCUGUUCUGUGUGGUAGCGCCUUGUGAGGACAAGGAAAAUAAGAUGGCAUUCUCUUGCUGGCAUAAGGGACCCCUUCAGCUUGUUGGAUUUUCUGAUGUUUGUGUUUGAAGGAAGUGGCAGCUGGUGCUGUUUGGGCCUGUGGAGUUUUACAGGUAGCAAAAUGUGUAAGUGACAAUCAUGGGUAAUGUGUGUGGAUGUGUGAGGGGACAUAAGGAGGAAUGUUACGUUGAUCCCACUAAAGCUCCCCUCAGCCCUGCGCCCAAGGAGCUCCGAGGCCAGCGUUACUUCCAAAGGAAAAAGAAGAGGAAGUCUGGAGACUUUAAUCGUGACUCUGUGAGGAGCCAUGGUGGAGAGAGCUGCCAGGAUGAGACUCUUCCAACUGAUGCCGGCCAGAGGUCCAACAGCCCAGCAGGUACUUUAAAGUCAGGGCAGGCAGAAGCUUCCGGGCCCAGGCAUGGCAGUAUCAGCCAUGGGGUUUACGUUGGACAGGUACCGGUGUUUCGAACCGGCAGAAGACCCGGCGUACGGCAGUUCUGGUCCACCACUGAACACAAUCUCCACAGAGUCACUAAAGGAUCUAGAAGCAUUGCACCAAAGGACGGGCUACUGGAGAAGAAGCUGCUCCGGAGGCAGCUGCGGAGGGCGGUGAGUUUCGGGGCGGUUGAGCACAUGCUCCGUACAUUGAGGAGAGACGGUUCCCACAGGACCAGUACGGAUCAUCAGCUGGAAAACAUGAAGAGCCUGUCUCGGAUUAUAUGUGACAGCCAAGUGCACAGGAAGAGGAGGAGGGCCAACACGUGCUCUGGAGGAUCCAUUUCCCACGACUCUCUGGACCCUGUCCAAGAAAAGUCUUCCUCAAAACAAUCUGAGAUCUCGGACAUCCACGUCACUGGGGAGUCCGAAGACAUGACGGCCAAGGAGAGGCUGCUGCUGUGGUCCCAGCAGAUGACCGAGGGCUACGUAGGUGUCCGCUGUGACAACUUCACUACCUCCUGGAGAGACGGAAGACUGUUUAAUGCUCUAAUUCACAAGUACAGGCCUGACCUGGUGGAUUUGAGCAAAGUGUCAGCACAGAGUAUCAGGUCAAACUUAGAACAGGCGUUUGGUGUGGCUGAGCAGCUGGGAGUGGCUCGGCUGCUGGACCCAGAAGAUGUGGACGUAUCAACUCCAGAUGAGAAGUCGGUCAUUACUUAUGUCUCCACGUUAUAUGAUGUCUUCCCCAAAGUACCAGAAGGUGUUGAGGGCAUCAAUGCAAAUGAUGUCGAUGUUAAAUGGGUGGAAUACCAGAAUAUGAUCAAUUACCUCAGCCAGUGGAUCAAACACAACGUUUCUGUCAUGUGUGACAGAAACUUUCCUAGUAAUCCUGUGGAACUUAAGGCACUUUAUUCGCAAUACCUGCACUUCAAGGAGAGCGAAAUCCCACCGAAAGAGAAUGAGAAGACCAAAAUCAAACAUCUUUACAAAAUGCUAGAGGUGUGGAUCGAGUUCGGUCGCAUCCAGCUGCCGCAGGGCUACCAUCCUAACGACGUGGAGAAGGAAUGGGGCAAGCUGAUCGUGGCCAUGUUGGAGAGGGAGAAGAGCCUGAGGCCUGAAGUAGACAGACUUGAAAUGCUGCAGCAAAUAGCCAACAGAGUCCAGCGGGACUGCGUAGCUGGAGAGGACAAAUUGGCUUUAGCACGAACAUCUCUGCAGUCGGAUGCAAAGAGGUUAGAGUCUGGGAUCCAGUUCCAGAACGAGGCGGAGAUCGCUGGAUACCUGCUGGAAUGUGAAAACCUGCUGAGACAGCAAGUGGUGGACAUUCAGAUUCUGUUGGAUGGAAAGUUUUACCUGGCAGAUCAGCUUGUUCAGAGAGUAUCCAAGCUUCGUGAUGACCUGCUUGCCCUCAGGACAGAAUGCUCUUCAGUCUAUAGCAAAGGGCGCACACUGACCACUGAGCAGACCAAGAUCAUGAUCUCCGGAAUCACCCAGAGCUUAAACUCAGGCUUCUCCCAGAACAUCAGUGCAGGCCUGAGUCCGGCUCUGACCCCGGCUCUCACACCCGGAGCGCUGGUCACACAAGGUUCCACUCUGUCCACCAGCCUCAGCCCCGCUUUAACCCCGGGCAUGACCCCCACCCUGACCCCUGGUCUGACUCCAGGCCUGCAGCCUGCCUUGGUGGGUGGAGGAGAAAUGGAAACGGGGGUCCUCCAACACCUGAAACAGAUGCACAUCCGCAAGCCAAUGCUGAAGUCGUCCCUAGUAGACCCCAACCUGUCAGAGGAAGAGGUGAAUUUGAAGUUUGUGCAGGACUUGCUGAACUGGGUGGAGGACAUGCAGUUGCAGCUUGAUCGAGGAGAAUGGGGAUCAGAUCUGCCAAGCGUUGAAUCUCAUUCAGAAAAUCACAGAAAUGUUCACAAAGCCAUCGAAGACUUCCAGAUGAGCCUUAAAGAAGCAAAAAUUAGCGAGAUUCAGAUGACCCCGCCGCUGAAACAGAGUUACUCAGAGAAGCUGGGCAACUUGGAGAACCAAUAUGCAAGACUACUGAACUGUUCCAGAGAGAGACAGAAGCACCUGGACAGCCUGCAUGACUUUGUGUCCCACGCCACCCAGGAGUUAAUUUGGCUUAAUGAGAAAGAGGAAGAGGAGGUGGCCUUCGACUGGAGCGAACGGAACAGUAACAUCUCCAGGAAGAAAGACUAUCACGCUGAUUUGAUGAGAGAGCUGGAUAAAAAAGAAGGAGUGAUCAAGUCAGUGCAGGACCAGGCUGACAUCCUUCUGCAGCAGAACCACCCUGCCAGGCUUACAAUCGAGGCGUAUAAGGCUGCCAUGCAGACGCAGUGGAGCUGGGUCCUGCAGCUCUGCUACUGUGUGGAGCAGCAUCUGAAGGAGAACGCUGUGUACUUCGAUUUUUUCAAUGACGCCAAAGAGUCCAUGGACUACCUUAAGAGCCUUCAAGAUUCCAUUAGCAGGAAGUAUGGGUGCGACCGGACCAGCGGGUUGCACAGGCUGGAGGACCUCAUUCAGGAGUCUAUGGAUGAAAAAGAGCAGCUUCUGCAGUACCGCAGCACUGUGGCUGGACUGGUGGGCCGAGCGAAGUCCGUCGGCCAGCUCAAACCCCGCAACCCAGAGAGCCCUGUCCGAACAUCCAUCCCUGUCAAAGCCAUCUGUGACUACCGUCAAAUAGAGAUCACCAUCUACAAAGAUGACGAGUGUGUGUUGGCCAACAACUCUCACAGAGCUAAGUGGAAGGUGAUCAGUCCCUCAGGAAACGAGGCCAUGGUGCCUUCUGUCUGCUUCAGUGUGCCCCCGCCCAAUAAGGAGGCUGUGGACAUGGCCAGCAGGAUUGAGCAGCUGUAUCAGAAUGUUCUAGCACUGUGGCACCGCUCCCACAUCAACAUGAAGAGUGUGGUGUCCUGGCACUACCUAAUGAUGGAUAUCCGCACCAUCCGGAAAAGCACUGUAGCCUCCAUUAAGACCAUGUUGCCGGGCGAGCACCAGCAGGUCCUGAGCAGCCUGCAGUCCCACUUCGAGGAGUUCCUGGAGGACAGUGAGGAGUCGGAGGUGUUCACCGUGGCCGACUGCGCUCAGCUGGAGAGAGAGGUGCUGGCCUCUAAAGAGUACUACGAGGAGCUGCUGAAGUCUGCAGAGAGAGAGGAACAUGAGGAGUCUGUGUACAACCUCUUCAUAUCAGAGGUGCGGAACUUCCGCAUGCGCGUGGAGGCCCAUGAGGAGCAGCUGAUCAGACAGAUCCGCACUCCUCUGGACCGAGAUGAUCUGCAGGCCAGCAUGCAGCGCAUCACCGAGCAGGAGAGGAAGAAAGCAGAGCUGGAUCGGCUGAAGGAAGAUCUGGAGGUGUUAAAAGAGAAGUGUGAGGUGUUCCUGAGGCAGGCCGCCAACUCUCCGUCUGUCCCCACCCUCUCCUCUGAGCUCAGCGUCCUCACUCAGAGCAUGGCUCAGGUCUACUCCAUGUGCUCCAUCUACCUGGAGAAGUUGAAGGCGGUGAGUUUGGUGGUGAAACACAGCCAGAGUGCCGAGGCUCUGGUUAAACUCUAUGAGGCUAAGCUGUGUGAAGAGGACGCGGUUAAUGCUGACGUCAAAUCCAUCGAUUCAGUCAUGAGUACACUCAAGCAAUGGCGGUCUGAGAUUGAUGACAGGCGGGAGGUGUUCCAUGAUCUGGAGGAUGAGCUGCAGAAAGCCAGGCUCAUCAGUGACCGUAUGUUCAAAACACACAACGAGAGGGAUUUUGAUCUGGACUGGCACAAGGAGAAGGCAGAGCAGCUCGGGGAGAGGUGGCGUAACGUCCAUUCUCAGAUUGAGAACAGACUGAGGGACCUGGAAGGCAUUAGCAAGUCUCUGAAGUACUACAAGGACACCUACAGCAGCCUGGAUGUGUGGAGCAAAGAGAUGGAGGCCAGCCAGAGGAAGGCACAGGAGAACCAGCCAGAGGACAGCAAGGCUUUAGCUGAGUUACUCAACCAACAGAAAGUGCUUGUUGCAGAAAUUGAACGUAAGCAGAGCAAGAUUGAUGAAUGUCAGAAGUAUUCGGAGCAGUAUUCAGCUGGAGUUAAAGAUUAUGAGCUGCAGCUGAUGACCUACAGGGCCAUGGUGGACUCUCAGCACAAAUCCCCGGUGAAGAGGAGAAGAAUGCAGUGCUCGUCUGACGCCAUACAACAGGAGUUUAUGGACCUCCGCACUCGUUACACGGCCCUGGUUACUUUAAUGACUCAGUAUGUGAAGUUUGCAAGUGAGACACUGAAGAGGGCAGAAGAAGAUGAGAGGAGGUCCUCUUUGGAAAGGACUGAAUACAGGAGCUGGAUGGAGAGCUCGGAGCUGCAGAAAGCAGCAAGCGAAGAGGAGAUCACCAGACUGCAGCGACAGAAAUCUGUUGAGGACGAGAAGAAAGUUCAUACCAAUAAAGUUAACAAGUUAUUAAACUGGAUGUCCAGUACGAACCAGAACAAAGAUGGGCAGGCUUUGACUGAUGAUAAAGCUGACACAGAGAACUCUAAUAAGCAUCAGAUUCCAAUGGAAGAAAGACAGUCAAAGAAAGAAGAAAUUGCAGAAGCGCUGCAGAGCACUCAGCUGAUGUUAACCAAGCACAGCGACAAGAUGACUGAGGAGGAAAAGCAUGAAAUGAAGGAGCAGCUGAAGUCUCUACACCAGGCCUACAGUGAGCUCUCUCAGCAGACUGAAGACCAGACUCCCACAGCUGAACAGGAGUUCCAGGUCAUUGAAGGCAUUCUAGAUGUAAGAAGCAGAGCCAUCCUGUCCGUUUGCCGCUCAGUUCAAAAUGGUCUUGUUGACCACUGCACAGGGCUCAGUCUCUUGGAGGCUCAGCUUAUAACAUCAGAACUGAUUUUACCUGAAUUCCGCAUGUGUCUGGACUUGGAGGAUGCACUGAAGCACAAUCUCGUGGAUAAACCCACAUAUGAACAGCUGCACGACUUGAAUGAAGCCAAUAAAUGCCUUCAGAUGCCACCUUACGCCUCUGAACCCCUGCCAGUGGUGGCAGCAGUGAACGACAUGGUCAUUUCAGAGCAUCUAGCCAUAAAGAUCAUUGAGAUCCAGCUCGCCACUGGUGGCUUGCGACUGACGUAUACUGGAGAUUGCUUGAGUCUACAGAGGGCCUUUCAGUUUGGCCUGAUUCCCCACGCUCUGUAUAUUCAGAUACUGCAAAGACAAAACACCUGGAAGGAUUUGAUUGAUCCCAACUCAGCUGAAAAGGUCUCUCUAAUCCAGCUCAUGCAGAGGAGCAUUGUGCAUGAGGAGACAGGGCUCCGGCUGCUGCCAGUGAAGUCUAGGAAAGAUGGCACUAUAUCUCUGACGUCUGGGAGAGAAGUCAGCAUUCUCAGAGCCAUGCACGAAGGUCUAAUAGAUCGCGAGACCAUGCUCAGGCUGCUGAGUGCGCAGCUGUUUGCAGGGGGCAUAGUUGACACUACAAGCAACUGUAAGUUCACGGUUGAAGAGGCGCUGUCUAUGGGGCUUAUUGAUCAGGACACUGCCAGUGGAAUUCUGAGCCUCCAAGCCAAAAACGGUGGCAUCGUCAACCCACAUAACGGGUCCAGAGUGACAGUUGAUGAAGCUGUGCAGUGUGACUUGAUGAGUUCCAGGAGUGCCCUGUUAGUUCUGGAGAAGCAGAGGUGUUUCAUGGGCCUCCUGUGGCCUCACUCUGGAGAAAUCCUCACCGUCUCAACAUCUCUACAGCAUGAAAUCAUCACUGACAAACUGGCAUCUGAGCUGCUCUGCCAUCGCCAUAAGAUAGCAGCACUUUACAUACCAGAAAACUCAGAGGUCAUAGAUAUUGACUCUGCUGCUCAGGAUGGACUGAUCGACACUUACACAAAAGAUUUGCUGAAAACGUUAAAGAUACCCGACACGUUCCCCAGUGUAGAAGAUUUUAAUGACAGGUUUUCCACUUGGCUGGUAAUGCGUGAGAUUCAACUUGCAGGCUUUCAGAGAUCCAAGGAUGAAAUGGAAAUCGAUCAAAGCUGCAUUAAUGCCCCAUCUUUUUCCGAGUCAAAUCAGUUAUUUAUCUCGUAUCUAAUGAUGAACAGCUACAUGGACCCAAAAUCAGGUCAGAGGCUUUUGGUUUUUGAUAGGCAGUUAAAUAAAAUGGCUAAAGUGCUGCUAGAAAUGUCAGGAGAAGAAGACAUGGAAACAGACGAUUCUUCACGUCUGGAUGAGAACAUUACUGAAAAUGUGCGUGAAUUUCAGUUGGCGCACACUGAUGAUUUACAAAUCACACAAACUGAGAAGUCCUGUGUAAGAAUUCCAAAUAAAAACGAUACAGAGGUCUCAGAAGGGGCUGCUGGUGGAAAGGAAGUUUGCCUAAUAUCUUCAAAAACAAUUGGAACUGGCAACGGUCAUUCAGACAUCUCAGAUUCAACAGACAUUUUUGGCAGUUCAGUGAGUGCUGCAGUGGGAACUACGCUUUCUGAUGAGUUCCCUAAGCAUCACACAUUUGGCGCUGUAAACACAGUAACGCCACAUUCUAGUGGAAUGCAGAUUUCACAUUCAGAUCUGCAGGAGUCGUCUCUGGAUGUGUACUUUCCUCAGGAUGGGCAUGAGUUUCACAAUACACACACCAGUCAUUUGGUAUACCUUCAUAUUGAUAAACCUCCCAAGGAAAUUUCUCUAGAGAAUACUGAUGAAAAAACUGUUAGGUCUGACUGGUUCACCUCAGUUUCAGGAGAAAAGUUAAACACACCCUCAGACAACAGUUCACACAGGUCUUCAGUUACGCACAUUACACCAAAUCCGAGUGCCCCAGAGGGAGCAACACUCUUAGAGUCAUUCUUUCAGGACCACACAGGUGAUGUCACUACAUUAGAUCAGCCUUCUAUAGGAAUAUCAGAUUCAACUUUAUAUAUGCUUGAUUCAUCUCUGGAGGAGGACAUCUCCCAUGAUAAGAAUGAUCUUCACAGUGCUCACACUAGUGAUUCUGAAAUGGUGCAUAUGAAUACGCCCCUGGCAAGAACUCCAGAGUUAAUCUGUAUAGAGAAUGCUGAUGGAAAUGAAGAUAGUGUGUUAUCUUUAACCAGUAGAUCUGCCAGGCUCACCUCAGAUUCAGGAGAAAUGUUGAACACACUCUCAGACAACAGCUCCUCACACAAAGCUUUAGAUACACAUGUAAUAACACAUCAGAGUGAUCCAGAGAGAACUACAUCUCCUGAGCCAUUCUAUCAGGACCACACAGAUGAUGUCACUGCAUCAGUUCAACCUCCUAUAGGGAUAUCGAUUUCACAUUUAGAUUUGAAUGAUUCAUCUCUGGAUGAGGACAUCCUUCAGGACGUGCAUGAGCUUCACAGUGCACACUCUAGUCAUUUGGAAGUCAUGCAUAUUGAUAAUCACUUAGAAAGCAUUCCAGAAGAGAGUGGUUUAGAGAUCUCUAUAGAAGGUUCUGAUAGAAUUGAAGAUCCUGUGAAAGCUUUAACUGUUGGGUUUGACAAGCUGGUCUCAGGUUCAGGAGAAAUGUUUAACGCUUCCAUAAUCAACAGUUCAUACAAAGCUUUAGGUACAGAUACUCAAUCUAGUCAAAGUACCACUGAGGACACUAUGUUUUCAGAUGAAUACUCUAAAUUCUACACAAAUGGUGCUGCCAGUACAUUAACUUCACAGUCAGAUUUACAUGAAUCCUGUCUGGAUGACGACAUCCCUCAGGAUGAAAAUGGGUUUCACCUUAAACCCACUAGUGAAUCUGACAUCAAUAGCAUUGAUAAAAAAUCUGCAAGAACUUUAGAAGAGAAUGAUUUAGAGAUCUCAAUCAAAGGUGCUGAAGAAAAUGAAGAGGGCAUAACAAGUCAAAUGGAUCCAGAGGAAAUGAAAAACUUGAAAGAUUUCCUUCAGUAUCAAACAAAUAGUACUUCUAACUCAGCUCAGAUUUCUGAAAGAAUGAAGGUUUCAUAUGAAAAUGGAACAAAUGUUUCAUCUCUGGAUGAGAACAUUCCUCAGAAUGUGAAAGAGUUUCACAAGACACAAGCCAGUGAUUUGGGUGACCUGCAUAUUCAUGAGUCUCUAGCAGGAAUUCCAGAAGAGAGUAGUUUAGAGAUCUCUAAAGAAGGUGCUGAUAAAAAGGAGGAUUGUGGGAAACAUUUAACUACUGGAUCUGACAGCAUGACCUCAGCAUGGUCAAGAGAAAACCUUUACACCUCCUCACAUAACUGUCAUGUCCCUGAGGAAACUACACUUUCAGAUGCAUCCUCUAAACAACACACCACGUCUCCUAUAGAAAUGCAUGACCAUGAGUUUUACAUUGCCUACUCUGGCAGUUUGGAAGUCAUGCAUAUGGCUGAGUCUCUACCCGUAAUUCCAGAAGAGAGUGGUUUAGACAGCUCUGUAGAGGGUUCAGAUGGAAAAGAAGAUUGUAAUAACUGUUUAAUGAUUUCUGGGUGUGAAAAUCUAACCUCAGGCUCAAGUGAAAACAUUUACCAUUCUUCACAUAAUUGUUCUUCUUCUAAACUUAAAACGGAAGAUUGUGCCCCUGAGGAAUCUACACAAUUCGAUUCAUCAUCUAAACAAAAUACCAAUGAUGCUGUCAAUACUUUAAAUCAGUCUCAUAUAGAAAUGCAGAUUUCACAGUCUGAUUCCAGUCAUGAUUCAUCUCUGGAUAAGAGCAAUGCGGAUGAUGAUGACGAGUUUACCACUGAGGACACUACAUUUUCAGAUGAAUUCUCUAAAUUCUACACAACUGGUGCUGCCACUACAUUAGUUUCACAGUCAGAUUUACAUGAAUCCUCUCUGAUUUCUGGGUGUGAAAAUCUAACCUCAAGCUCAAGUGAAAACAUUUACCAUUCUUCACAUAAUUGUUGUUCUUCUAAACUUAAACCGGAUAAUUGUACACCUGAGGAUUCUGCACAGUUAGAUACAUCAUCUAAACGAAAUACCAAUGAUGCUGUCAAGCCUCCUAUAGAAAUGCAGAUUUCACAGUCUGAUUCCAGUCAUGAUUCAUCUCUGGAUAAGAACAAUGCCGAUGAUGACGAAGAGUUUCAUGUUGUACACGCUGGCGAUUUGGAAAUCAUGCAUAUCGCUGAGCCCCUACCAGUUAUUCCAGAGGAGAGUGGUUUAGGGACCUCUGUAGAGUGUUCUGAUUCUGAUGGACAUAGGGAUUGUGUUCAUUUAACCUCUGGGCCUGGCAACCUAAUCUUAUGUUCAGUAGAAAUGUUGAGCAGUUCUUCAGACAAGGGUUUAACUACAAAUAUAAAAACAGACCAAAAGGCACCAGAGGAAAACACUAAUUCAGAGGCAUCCAUAACAUUAGCUCCACCUUCUGCUUGCAUACAGACGUCACCGACAUUCGAUUCUGAAACAACUAUUGAAACAACAUUAAAGGAAGGCCCUACAGACUCUUCUGUACUUCUCAUGGAAGUAGAUAAAAACGGAAAGACGACCUCUGAACACCCUCAGUCUGAAGGUGUGUGGGAUGACAAGCUUGAGCGAGCCUAUGCCAUUCAUCUUCUGAGAGCCCAAGUAGAAGAAGGGGGUGUUUUGGAUGUCACAUCUGGAAAGCAUUAUGACCUAAACGCUGCUGUUGAUAAGGGCCUUAUUGAUCCAGAGACUGUGUUAGAGGUACUUGCACUGCAGCUUCAGCAGAAAGAUGUCAUAGGAAACGAGGCGGUCACAGUGUCAGUGCUGAAACAAGCUCUGGCGCAAGGCUAUGUAUCAUCCAAGGUAGCAAAGCAGAUUAUGGAGCAGCAGAACCUAGAGGGAGACUCAGCUUUUGAAAGGACUUUGAUUACUGAAGACACUGUAUUUGAUUCCAGUAUUGUCCUUGAUUCAGAGGCAGUUCAGAAGGCUAUCACUGAUUCAGAGGGAAUUAGCACCUCCAGUGUGUCUGGUCCUGGCCUGGGCAUUCUGGAAGAAGAGGUAGCUGAGAAAUUUGUACAGCAAGAGUCUCUCGAAAUUGUAGCAACGCAUGCAGUUGACCUUACUGAUCAGCGGUUCAGUCAAGAAUCACAAAGAGCUGAAAAUGCUGUGGAACCCCCUGCUCAACCAACGAACACAACCCAAAUGACCAGUAGUCUAGACUCAUCACACUCUUUGAAAAUUGUCAGCCAUACACCUUCUAAUGUGAUUCCAGGGACUGAAAAUUUACUUGACCACAAGAAAAUUUCACAGGAUCCCAAGAAUUCAGGUUUAGAAGCUGCUUCGGAAACCAAAUUGGAGCAAGACAGAGGUUCUACAGAAAACGAGAUUGAGAAAAAUGGAAUGUCUUAUAGUGUUGCCACUAAUGCUUUGCCAGAAGUUUCUUUAGCCAAGGUAGAGAACAUGGCACAUUGUGAGGAAGCAGUAAACCAGAUGGUGAGCCCAGUUCCGAGUGACUCGGGUGUAUCCUGCUCAUCCCAAAGCGAUGUUUGCACAGAUGAAAGGAAAUUGGACACUUUACUGAGCCUGGUUCAGUUGCAGGAGAAAACUGAAGGUGCUCUCACCACUGAUGGAUCUUCUUUACAGUCAGAGGUUGAAGAUGUAUCCUUCAAUACAGUGAAGGAUUGUAAGCCAUUUUCCUCACCAACUUAUGUCACACUCCCAGUGACUCCAGAACAUAGAGCUCCGGAGAGUCAAGCUGACCUGCAUCAGGAAUGGAAUAUACUGUCUCAACCUAUGGAUUCUUUUGAAGCCAGCCAAAGUAGCAUGGACCAGAAAGGCUCUGAUCAAUGCACUACUACUGAGAAUAGCAGGAAGGAAGAACCUGAAAGACCUGAGGAUGAUUUUAAGUCCAGUUAUGUUGGACCUUGUAUCGGCCAAUUCACAAUGGAUGAUUUUGACACCAACAAUCAAGAUGUCUGUGAUGAAACACUUUCAUUUAUAGACCCAUCACAAGCUGGCCCCAGAGAUGGUACAAAAACUAGGACACCAUCCUCAAAAGAGGUGCCAGAUGUCAGUCUGGGUAAUGCUAAAAAUGGAGAUGCCAGUAACACACAGCAGUUAUUUGAUGAGGUUGGUUUACCCAACUCUUCUUAUUCCCAGGCCGAAGUUAAUGCUGAGACAACUGCCAUUGCCUCUAGACUGACUAAUUCAGUGUCUAAUGAAAAUGUAGAUUCAGCAUUAGCCCCAGUUUACCAUGUGGGAGAGCAGCCAUCAGAAUCUGCUGGACUACAGCCUGUUAACAUGUUACCAAAUCCACCCAACAAAGCCCUGCUUAAUGUUCCUGUAACCCCAGACCCAGACAGUGUUAAACAACCACACAGCAGCCAAGAUUUGUGUGCUAAUACAUGGGAUUUGAGGGAAAUUCCUCCAGCAAUAAAUCCCAACAGUGAUGUCAACACGUUCAGUGAAGUGCCUGAGACUGAGAAGGGAGAGGAUAAUAUAAAUGAGAUUCAGAGAACAGACCAAGCCAUUAACAGCAGCGGUAAAGUCCUUCAGGAUAUCUCACUGUCUCUACAUGAAAGCAGUGUUCCUCAAGGCUUUCCUGAAAGCACUGGUCCAGAUCUGCUCCGCCAUGUGCAACAGCAUGAGAGAACGAACACAGAGAGCUGUCUGCCCACAGAGAGCAGUCCGAGUCAGGAUCAGACACCUCCAUCCCAUACUGAGCUAACACAGGCACAGCUCUUGGAGGUGAUUCAAGGGAUUUCUUCAUGCAAAGACCCAGAAAUGCUGAAAGACAUUUUAGGGAACCUAAGUUGUCUUCUGGAAAGUACGUCUCAUGGAGAUGAAUGCUCACCUAUAGAAAGCACAGAGACAGAGGCCAUACCUGCUACUACUGUAGACUGUAAAGAUGUCUUUCCUCAGCUGCCCUCUGAGACGGGUGCCUCAGCCACAGUGGAAGUGGAGGAGGCCAAAGUCAGGCCCAGAAUGUAUUCCACUCAGCAUUAUUUGGAGUGCACUGGCAAACUUCAGGACCAUUAUGAUGCUCUUGAGGAUAUCAGAAAUGAUUUGUUGACUGAGGGGCCUUUCACUACAGACAUAGAAGCUUUACACUGCCAGCUGGAAGACAUGCAGUCUUUGGAAGCACAGCUUGCAACUUUUCCUGCCAUUUUAACCUCAGAUUUGUGGAUAGCUGAACAACUUCUAAACUCUGCUGAUGAACUCACCCACACACAAAUCUACCAAGACCUGGCUGCAGUCUUUGUAGAUUUGCAAAACUUAUUCACAGAUGUUUGCCAGUUGUCAGCUGAAAGAAGUAAUGCAAUUCUCCAAGCCAUUGACAAAGCAAAGACAAAUCUGGAGACCACAUACCAGGAUCUUCUCAGCUCCCUUAAUAAACUGUCGUCUAGUAUUCAAGAUUAUGAUGAGAUGAUAAGUAAACUUGACAUCAUGAACACUGACGACCUGGAAACAAUUAAAUACAGGAUUCAGCAAAAUAAGGACCUGGAGAAGAACCUGUCUGGGACUCGGCAGCAUCUGGAGGACACGGCUUUUGAUGUCCAGCACUUUGUAUCCGAGCAUGCACAGUUUCUGAAUCCAUCUCAAAACAGGCAGCUGCUAAAAUCCCUCAGUUCCACUCAAAGGGCCUUUAAAGAAUUAAUGGACCGAGUGUUCACUCAGAGGCACACGCUGGACCUCCACUUAGAGAUCCGAGAAGAUGAGAGUCGGCAGCAGACUGCUGUGGAGAAGCAGAAGGAGUUCGUAGCCAAGCUUCAGGAGAUGUGUGACGACCUAACGCAGACCGAGAACCGUCUCAUUGGCCACCAGCAACAAGCUGGCAGUGCAAAGAGCGUGGGAGACCUGCAGCAGUACCAGCAGGAGCACCAGGCCUUGCAGAAAGACAUCCAGGGUAACGCGAGUGCCUUAAAUGAAGUCAUCAGCUGCACAAAGAAGUUCCUGGAUGAGAAUCGGAGCAAAUUGACUCCAGAGCAGAUUGCUGCUAUUGAGCAGAAGUUGGAAGAGGCUAAGAGCAAGGCUAAUAUGCUUAACCAGAUAGCAGAAGAGUCCAGGAAAGAUCUGGAGAAAGUUGUGACUACUGCAAUCAAACAGGAGACUGAAAAGGUUGCAGCUGUGGAACAGCUUGAAGAGAGCAAAAACAAGAUUGAGGGUCUUUUACACUGGAUCUCCAACAUCGGGACUGAAAAGGAGAUGGGAGGAUCACAGAAGGACUCGGUGGCUAAACAGAACGGAAACAUAGAGACCCCAGCUAAAAGAGUGAUGGGACCAGAAGACGAUCCUAAUGGAAAUGAAUUGAGCAGCACAGAUGUUAGCCCUGAGUGGUCAGGUGAAGGUGAAGACAGCAAAGAUCUGGAUCUGGACCAGCAGUUAGAGAAGGUUAAGGCUCGUCACCAGAGCAUCCUGUCUCAGCAGCAGGACCUGAUUAUUGCCACUCAGUCGGCUCAGGCUCUGCUGGACAAGCAGGCGGAGGUUCUGUCUCCUUCUGAAAAAGAGAAGCUGCAGAGAGACAUUCAGGAGCUGAGGGGACGCUACGAGGCCUCUCUGACCCAGGCUGAGCAGCAGAUGAAGCAGGUGCAGAACGUGCAGGAGGAGCUGCGUAAGUUUCAGAGCGACUGUGUCGAGUUUGAAGGUUGGCUGCAGCAGGCUCAGGAGCAGAUGGAGGAGCUGGGAGCUCCUGCUGGUCAAUUAGAGGUUCUGCAGGAGAACCUCCAGAGGCAGAAGAGCUUCUAUGAGGACGUGAUCUCCCACAAGGGAGACCUGCGUUUCAUCACCAUCUCAGGACAGAAGGUACUGGAUGUGGCCUGUAGCCGAAAGGACUCUGGAGAGAAAGAGGCGCUGCCAGGAGUGGACACCUCGGGAACAUGUGCUGCUGUAAAGGAGAAGCUGGACUCUGCUACUGCUCGUUACAAAGAUCUGCACUCCCAGUGCAACCAGCUUGGCACCAACCUCAAAGACGUGGUUGACAAGUACAAGAAGUAUGAAGAUGCUGCUGGAGGUCUGUUGACGUGGCUGAAUCAGUCUGAGGAGGAGGCGAGGAGACAGCAGUCUGAGCCCAUCGCUGCAGAUCCUCAGACUCUCCAGAGACAGCUGGAGGAGACCAAGGCUCUUCAAGGGCAAACCACUGGUCGCCAGGCUGCCAUGGAGACGCUGCGCAAAACCGCAGAUGCUCUCGUCACUGCAGAGGGAGACCUGCUGAGCAAUCAGGAUGAAAUUCAGGAAGCAGUGGAGGACAUGUUGGAAAGGUACGAUAACUUGUCCAAAUCAGUGAGCGACCGAAACGAGAAGCUGCAGAUGACACUAACGCGCUCGCUGAGUGUACAGGAUGGGCUGGAUGAGAUGAUGACCUGGAUGGAUAAAGUGGAGGAGAGCCUUGGGAAGGAAGCACAAGUGCCUCUAGACUCAGCGGCUAUUGCAGAUGCACUCAGCAAGGAAGCAGUCCUGGAGCAGGACAUAUCCAGCAGGCAGAGCAGCAUCUCCGCCAUUCAGGCCAAGGUGAAGAAGUUUGCAGACACCGCAGAACCGGCAGCCGCCGCUCUGCUCCAGACCAAGAUGGAGGGUCUCACUCAGCGUCUCUCCGACGCCUGUGAGAAACACAAGCAGAAGGUGGAGCAGAUGGAGCAGCUGAAGGAGAAGGUGGAGCAGUUUGAGAAGACUUCUGAGAAGGUACAGCAGUUUGUGCUGAAACGCUCACAAGCUCUCUCAGAGACGGACGGACCUGGAAGAAACGUGAACGAGCUCUCUGCUCUGGUGCAGGACAUGAGUGCAGAGAUGGCUGAACAUGCGAAGGACAUGGAAACGCUGCAGACGCUGUCUAAAGAGCUCUCAGGCACAGGCCUGGAAGGAAGUAAAGCUCUAAUUCAGGGCAAGAUGGCAAACCUGUCUAACACAUUCACUGCCUUUAAAGACACUAUUAAAGAGAAAGAGGAGGAGGUCUCGUCAUGCCAGGACCAGCUGGGGGAGUUCAAAGCGGCCGCAGGGGUGCUAAUGAAGUGGCUGGAGGAGACAAAAGACCAAGUGCCUGCGGUGCAGCCCAACUGCAGUGAACAGGGCCUGGGAAAAGACCUGCAGAAAGUCGAUAGCUUGCUUGAAGAAUGGACUGCUAAAGCUCCCGCUGUCGAGGAUAUAAAUAGCAAAGGGUCUGCGCUGUGUAGCCUAAUCAGUGUUUUGACAUCCCCAGCCAAAAUGCAUCACAAAUCAGUAACUAAUGGCUCGGGUCCAGGAGGCCACGCCUUCCUGACUAACAAAGAGCUGGUGCUGGUGCAGCAGAACAUGCUGUGCGUCAGUGAGGGUCACAGAAACCUCGGGGAGCUGCUGAAGGCCCGGUCCUCACAGUUAAACUCUCUGCUGCUGAAGGUGCGUGGAGCACAUAAUGAGGCGGAGUCCAUGCUGCAGUGGCUGGAGGACAUGAAGAAGACAGCAGAAUCGUGGAGCUCUGAGCCCACAGCAAAAGACUCAGUGAAAACACAAAUGGAGCAGCAGAAGGCCUAUGAGGAACGAAUGAAGCAGAAACAGCAGCAUUACCAGCAGCUGAGGGAGAAGGUGCUCCACCUGAUAGAGGAAAACCCUGAUUCACCUGAAGCAGCAAAAUGGAAGCACAUGCUGGACCAGAUAGAUGCAGGAUGGAAAGAGGUCAUGGGCUCUGUGGAGAACAGGAAGCAACACCUGGAGGAAUCUUCCCGCACUCUGGAGCACUUCCAGACGACCCAGUUGCAGCUCUCCCAGUGGCUACAAGAGAAAGAGCUGAUGAUGAGCGUUUUGGGGCCUUUGUCUAUGGACCCAAACAUGCUCAACACUCAGAAGCAGCAAGUACAGAUUCUUUUGAAAGAGUUUGAAGGGCGUAAGCCUCAGUACGAGCAGCUGAACGAGGCUGCUGUGGCUAUCACUAGUGCAUCAGGAAAGCAGGACCCUGCAGCCGAGAAGGUAAUGGAACAGCUAUCUGUAAUCAACAAGCAGUGGCAGGCUCUGACCGGACAGCUGUCUCAGCGAGAUGCCCUCAUCGAGCAGGCCGUGGAGAAGACCACACAAUUCCAGGAGCUUCUCCGCAGCCUGGGAGAGAGUUCAGCUGCCUUAGAGUCUCAACUCAAUGACCAGCAGGCCCUCAGAACACAGCCGGAUGCGGUCAAGAAGCAGCUGGAGAACACUAACGCUAUCCUGACUCAGCUGGGUGAGGAGAAGAAGAAGCUAAAGGAGGCUGAAAGCCUGUGCUCUGAGCUUUUACAGCUGGUGACUGAAGAAUACCUCAGAGCCAACCUCACCAAACAGCUGGAAAGCGUCUCCAAACCGUUCAAGCUACUUGAAGAAAAAGCAGGAAAGAGGAUUCGGCUGCUCAACUCUGCAUUUGUCAGCUCGCAGCAGUUCCAUCAAACAUCCAAGGACUUCCAGGACUGGCUAGACCAAAAGCUCCAGGAGCAAGCUGAACCUCAGUCCAUCUCAGCCGAAGCAGAGACCCUGAGACAAAACCUUAAGGAGCACAGUCUGGUCCAGAGGGCCCUGAGUGAACAUGAGGAGCUAUACAACACCAUAGUGAAGGAGGGAGAGACUCUGCUGCAGAGCACUGAGGGAGCUGAGAAGGUGGCUCUCCAAGGGCAGCUUUCAGCCCUCAGGUCUCAGUGGGAGGAAGUGAAAAGAGGAGCUGCAGAGCAUGCAGAGAAGCUCAACACUGCCAUGGAGAGAGUCCAGAAAUACAAGGAGCAUGCAGAGAACCUGAGCUCUUGGCUGCAGGAGUGUGAAGCCAGGUCCAACACGGUGAAGUUCAGCGUUGAUCCUAUGGAAGUUGAGAGCUCCCUCUCACAGGUGAAGGCCAUCCAGAAAGAUAUGGACAAACGCAGAGGUCAGAUGGAGCUGCUGAGCACAGCAGCAGAUAGCCUUCUGGAGGUGGCCACAAAAGACGUGGAUGCAGUAAAGGAAGAGAAGACCAUCAUUGGGAAGAAUGUGGAUAAGUUGGCAGAAGACCUGCAACAUAAGAAGGAGUCGCUGGAAAAGCUCUCUCAGAGGCUAAAGGAGUUCAGUGACACUCAUAAAGAACUCAAAGGCAAACUUGAAGGCACACAGAAGCAACUGGAGACUAACUCUGGCCUGGGUGGUCAGGCUUUCAGUAACAAGAACUUGACUAAUAUGAAGGCCCAGCAAACAAACCUAGAAGGAGUCCAUAAUCAAAUAGAGAACCUUAAAAGUAUAGCUCAAGGCCUGGUGGUGGAGGUACCGGAUGCUGAAGGGGUAACAGAUCUCCUCCUUCAGGUUGACAGUCUUGAGACAGAGCACAGCUCCAUCAGCAAAGCAGUUGAAGAAACCUGUUCCACGCUGGAAAACAAGCUACAAGGCAUCGGCCAGUUCCAGGACACCAUUCGAGAGAUGUUCACCAACUUUACAGACUUGGAUGAUGAGCUGGAUAGCAUGAACCCUGUAGGCAGAGACCUAGAAACUCUGAGAGAUCAGCAAGGUGCCAUACAGAACUUUAUUGCUCAACUCCAGGAUCUGAUGAACAACACAGCCAGUGCUAAAGAGACCUGCAAGAAGAUGCUUGAGACCGAGACUUCACCCGAUCUGCUUGGCCUGAAGAGAGACCUAGAGGCCCUGAGUAAGCAGAGUGGAAAGCUGAUGGACAGGGCUAAUGGCAGGAAAGAGCAGGUUCAAGACAUUUUGAAACACUUGGAAGAGUUCUACACCAAGCUGCAGACGUUCUCACAGACGAUGGGCACAGCAGAAGAGCAGGAGGAAUCUCAAGGGCCUGUAGGCAUGGAGACAGAUGUGAUAAACCAGCAGCUGGAGACAUUUAAGGUUUUCCAGAAGGAGGCCAUUGAGUCACUGCAAACACAGUUGCAGGAGCUGAACUGGCUGGGCCAGGGACUUAUUCAGAAUGCUCCUAAAGGCACCAGCACAAAGAGCCUUGAACAUGACCUGGAGGAGGUCAACACCAGAUGGAACACCCUCAACAAAAAGGUAGCAGAGAGGUCAGCGCAGCUCCAUGAAGCUCUGCUGCACUGUGGCAGGUUCCAGGAUGCUCUUGAGUCUCUGCUAAGCUGGCUGACAGACACUGAGGAGCUUGUGGCCAGUCAGAAGCCACCAUCAGCCGAGUUCAAAGUCGUCAAAGCACAAAUUCAAGAACAGAGACUCUUGCAGAGGCUGCUGGAUGACCGCAGACCUACAGUGGAGCUCAUUAAGAAGGAGGGGGUAAAGGUGACAGAACUAGCUGACUCUGUUGAUAAGGAGAAGAUUGGAAGGGAGAUUGAGUGCCUUGGACAGAGGUGGGACAAUCUACUCAAGAAAGCAGAAAACAGACGUAAGCAGCUGGAAAGCAUUUUGGUGGUGGCCCAGCAGUUCCACGAGACUCUUGAGCCAUUGGUCGAGUGGCUCACUGCUACAGAAAAAUGUCUGGCCAGCUCUGAACCCAUUGGUACCCAGACCUCCAAGCUGGAAGAACAGAUCAGCCAGCAUAAGGCCUUAGAGGAGGAGAUUAUAGACCACAGUAAAAGCUUGUAUCAGGCCAUGAGUCUGGGCCAGGCGCUGCGGACAGUCAGCUGCGUGGACGAUAAGGAGCUGAUCCAGGCGAAGCUGGACAGCACUCAGAGCGGCUACAUAGAGCUGCAGGAGCGCUGCCGCAGAAAAGCUGAGCUGCUGCAGCAGGCGUUGGCCAAUGCCAGGCUCUUCGGGGAGGAUGAGGUGGCUCUCAUGAACUGGCUUGAUGAAGUCCACAGCAGACUCAGAGAUGUCUCAGUCCAGGACUACACUCCGGCUGUGCUGGAUAAACAACACGCUGACCAACUGGCGCUGCAUGAGGAUAUUGAGUUGAGGAAACAGAAUGUUGAUCAGGCCAUGCAGAAUGGACUGGAGCUGCUGAAACAGACCACAGGGGAUGAAGUGGUGGUUAUUCAGGGUAAACUGGAUGGAAUAAAGACGAGAUACGCAGAGAUCAGCACAAUGAGCAGCAGCGUGCUGGCGACACUGAACAAGGCCCUGUCUCUGGCCACCAAAACGCAGCACACACACGAGGAACUGAGCUCCUGGCUGGAGAAAGUGGAGUCUGAACUGGCUGUGUUUGGAGCUCAGGAACCAGUGGGAGAGCAGCUCACUCAGGUGCAAGACAGGCAGAAAGCUCUAAUGACUGAGGUUCAGGGUCGCAGGCCAGUGCUGGACACUCUGAAUGAAGUGAGCAGUGCUCUGCUGGAGCUCGUGCCCUGGCGUGCCCGCGAGGGCCUGGAUAAACUGGUCACAGAGGACAACGAGCGUUACAGGUCCGCCAGUGACGCCAUUGCCCAGCAUGUGGAUCAUACAGGAGCAGCCAUCCUAAAAUCACUGCAGUUUGAGCAGGCAGCAGACACUGAGCUAGCCUGGCUGACUGAGGCAGAGAGGAAGUUGUCAUCUCUAGGGGACAUCAAGCUGGAGCCGGAGCAGACCACCGCUCAGCUGCAGGAGCAGAAGAGCUUCUCCAUGGACAUUAUGAGGCACAAGGAUGCAGUGGAUGAUAUCGUGAAGACAGGCGACGCCAUCAUGAGCAGCAAGGACAAGGCGGAGAAGCAGGCUCUGAAGGGUAAGGUCCAGUCUCUCUUGGAGAAAUACAGCGCAGUGAGUCAGCUGAACUCAGAGCGCUGUCUGCAGCUGGAGAGGACCCACUCACUGGCCUGCCAGUUCUGGGAGACCUAUGAGGAGCUGUGGCCAUGGCUUCAGGAGACCCAGGCUAACUUUACCCAGCUUCCACAUCUCGCCAUCGAGUAUGAAGCACUUAGACAACAACAAGAAGAGCUGCGGCAACUGAGGGAGCUGAUUGCGGAACACAAGCCGCACAUAGACAAGAUGAACAAAACUGGUCCUCAGCUGGUAGAGUUGAGUCCAGUGCAGGGAGAGCCCAUCAGGGAGAAAUACCAGGCCACUGACAAGCUGUAUGCUCAGCUUAAAGCAGAUGUUAAACACAGAGCUGCUGCACUUGACGAGGCCAUCUCCAAAUCCACACAGUUCCACGAUAAGAUUGACCCUAUGCUGGAGUCUCUGGAGCGUAUAGUGGAGCGUCUGCGCCAGCCCCCCUCCAUCUCUGUAGAAGUGGAGAAGAUCCGUGAGCAGAUAUCUGAGAACAAAGCUGUGAAUAUGGACUUGGAGAAACUGCAGCCCGCGUAUGAAACUCUGAAACAACGUGGAGAGGAAAUGAUCACUCGUUCUGAGGGAGCAGACAAAGACCUGUCUGCUAAAGCCGUGCAAGACAAGCUGGACCAGAUGGUGUUCCUGUGGAACGACAUCCAGGCUCUUCUGGAAGAGAGGGAGGCUAAACUCCUGGAUGUGAUGGACCUGGCAGAGAAGUUCUGGUGUGAUCACUGUGCUCUUAUUGUCACCAUCAAGGACACACAGGACCUGCUGAGAGAGCUGGAGGAGCCUGGUGUGGAUCCCUCUGUUGUCAAACAGCAGCAGGAGUCUGUAGAGUCCUACAGGGAGGAGAUUGAUGGUCUUCAGGAGGAGCUGAAUGUGGUUCAGAACCUGGGGACAGAGCUGAUGACAGCCUGUGGAGAGCCAGACAAACCAGUGAUCAAGAAGAGUCUGGAUGAGGUGAACGUGGCAUGGGAGACUCUAAAUAAGACAUGGAAGGAACGAGUGGAGAGGCUGGAGGAGGCCAUGCAGGCUGCUGUGCAGUUCCAGGACGGUCUUCAGGGCAUGUUUGAUUGGGUGGAUAUUAUGGAGAGCAAACUGGAUUCGAUGUCACCCGUGGGCACAGACCUGGAGACUGUGAAACAGCAGAUUAAGGAGCUGAAGGAGUUCAAAGGCGAGGCCUACCAACUUCAGAUUGAGAUGGAGAGGCUGAACCAUCAAGCAGGGCUGCUUCUAAAGAAGGUUCUGGAGGAAGGUGACCGUGUUGCUAUUCAGGAGCCUAUCAAUGAACUAAAAAUGCUCUGGGACGGCCUGGACGAGAAACUCAUCAACAGACAGCACAAGCUGGAGGGAGCAUUGCUGGCCUUAGGGCAGUUCCAGCAUGCUCUAGACGAGCUUCUGGCCUGGCUUACUCACACUGAAGACCUGCUUAAUGAACAAAAGAAAACCAGUGGAGACCCCAAAGCCAUUGAGAUAGAGCUCGCAAAGCACCAUGUGCUGCAGAACGACGUCCUGGCCCAUAAAAGCACGGUUGAAGCAGUGAACAAGGCAGGGGGCGAUCUAAUGGAGUCCAGUGCAGGAGAAGAGGCCUGCGGGCUGCAGAGCAAGCUGGAAAACCUCAACCUGCGCUGGAGGGGCAUCCUGGAGAAGACUGAGCAGAGGAGGCAGCUUCUGGACAGCGCUUUGCUCCAGGCCCAAGGUUUCCAUGGUGAGAUUGAAGAUAUGCAGCAAUGGCUGAAAGACACAGAACGUCAGCUUUUGGCAUCAAAGGCGGUUGGAGGCUUACCAGACACGGCCCGCGAGCAGCUUAACGCCCAUCUGGAGCUGUGCGGGACAGUGGAGGUGAAGGAGGAACUCUAUCAGAAUCUUCUACACAGAGGUCAGCAGCUGAUCGCCCUGACGCCUGAGGGUCAGGACAGCACCACAGAGCAGGACCUCCGUAACCUGAAGGACAAGUGGGAGUGUGUGCAGACCAAGGUGGCUGAGAGGAAGGUGAAACUGGAGGAGGCAUUUGCGAUGGCCACAGAUUUCCACAACUCAUUGCAGGACUUCAUUAACUGGCUGACCCAAGCUGAGCAAACCCUGACCAUGGUCUCCCCAGCGUCGCUCAUCCUGGAGACUAUUUUGUUCCAGAUUGAUGAGCAUAAGGUGUUUGUGACAGAGGUGAACUCACACCGGGAUCAGAUCAUCGAGCUGGAUAAGACAGGAACCCAUCUGAAGUACUUCAGUCAGAAGCAGGAUGUGGUGCUGAUUAAGAACCUGCUGCUUAGUGUGCAGAGCCGCUGGGAGAAAGUGGUGCAGCGCUCGGUGGAGCGAGGACGCCUGCUGGAUGAUGCCAGGAAACGUGCCAAACAGUUCCACGAGAGCUGGACUAAGCUGAUGGAGUGGUUGGAGGAGUCUGAAAGGGCACUGGACUCGGAGCUGGAGAUCGCCAAUGAUCCCGACAAGAUCAAACUGCAGCUGGCUCAGCACAAGGAGUUCCAGAAGGCGUUGGGUGGGAAACACUCUGUGUACGAUACGACCGGACGCACAGGCCGAGCCCUCAAGGACAAAACCUCCCUUAAGGAUGACAACCAGAAACUGGACGACAUGCUUUGUGAACUCAGGGAUAAAUGGGACACAGUUUGUGGCAAGUCUGUAGAAAGGCAAAACAAGCUGGAAGAAGCUCUGCUGUUUUCAGGCCAAUUCACAGACGCUCUGCAGGCUCUGAUUGACUGGCUUUAUAAAGUAGAGCCUCAGCUGGCAGAGGACCAGCCCGUACACGGAGACAUUGACCUGGUGCUCAACCUCAUCGAUAGCCACAAGGUGUUUCAAAAGGAGCUAGGGAAGAGGACAGGCUCUGUGCAGGCUCUGAAGCGCUCUGCCCGUGAUCUGGUGGAGAACACCCAUGAUGACUCCUCCUGGGUGAAGGUUCAGAUGCAGGAGCUAAGCACGCGCUGGGAGACAGUGUGUGCUCUUUCAGUGUCCAAACAGACCCGGUUGGAGCAGGCCCUGUGUCAGGCGGAGGAGUUCCAUUCCACUGUUCACAUUCUGCUGGAGUGGCUGGCUGAAGCAGAACAGAGCCUCCGUUUUCAUGGUUCCUUGCCUGAUGAUGAGGAAGCCCUCCGAAGUCUCAUCGAGCAGCACAAAGAAUUCAUGAAGAAACUGGAGGAGAAGAGGGUGGCUCUGGGCAAAGCUAUCAGCAUGGGGGAGGCGAUCUUAGCCAUCUGUCAUCCGGACUCCAUCACCACUGUCAAGCACUGGAACACCAUCAUUAAAGCACGCUUAGAAGAGGUCACAGCAUGGGCAAGGCAGCAUGACCAGAGGCUGUCCACUGCUCUCACUGAGCUUCUGGCCACUCAGGAGCUUCUGGAGAGUCUGCUGAGCUGGCUUCAGUGGGCUGAGACCACACUCACAGAGAAAGACAAAGAACCCUUACCUCAGGAGAUAGAGGAGGUCAAAGCACUCAUCUCUGAGCAUCAGACAUUCAUGGAAGAGAUGACCAGGAAACAACCAGACGUGGACAAAGUUACCAAGACUCAUAAGAGGAAAGCCACUGCAGAACCUCUGGUUCAGUCUCAGAUUCCUGUGCUGGAAAAAGGAAGAACCUGCCGAAAAAGAUCCCCAACCCAGAACAUGUAUCCAGCAACAGCUCAGCCUCAAAUUGAGACAAAGAACCCCAGAGUUAACCUGCUGGUUAGUAAGUGGCAGCAGGUUUGGCUUCUGGCUCUGGACAGAAGACGAAAACUUAACGAUGCUCUGGACCGACUGGAAGAGUUGAAAGAGUUUGCCAACUUUGACUUUGACGUAUGGAGGAAACGUUACAUGCGGUGGAUGAACCACAAAAAGUCACGGGUCAUGGACUUCUUCAGACGCAUCGAUAAAGACCAGGAUGGCAAGGUCACCAGACAAGAAUUCAUUGAAGGCAUUCUUUCUUCAAAGUUUCCCACCAGUCGUCUGGAGAUGAGCGCUGUAGCAGACAUUUUUGAUCGUGAUGGGGAUGGGUAUAUAGACUACUACGAGUUCGUUGCUGCACUGCACCCCAACAAAGAUGCCUACAAACCCCUUACUGAUGCUGACAAGAUUGAAGAUGAGGUGACUCGCCAAGUGGCAAAGUGCAAGUGUCCUAAACGUUUCCAAGUGGAGCAAAUCGGUGCCAACAAAUACCGGUUCUACCUUGGAAACCAGUUCGGAGACUCCCAGCAGCUAAGGCUGGUGCGGAUCUUGCGCAGUACCGUCAUGGUGCGGGUGGGAGGAGGCUGGAUGGCCCUGGAUGAGUUUUUGGUGAAGAAUGACCCGUGUAGAGUUCACCACCAUGGGAGUAAAAUGUUGCGCUCGGAAUCAAACUCGUCAAUUACUCAGUCUCCUAUAGGUUGGCAACUCUCACACUUUCUCUCCUUGCUCCAUCCCAGUGCGAAAGGAAGGACCAAUGUGGAGCUGCGAGAGAAGUUCAUCCUUCCAGAAGGCACCACUCAGGUGAUGGCCAGCUUCCGCUACCGAGGCCGGAGGUCACGGCCGUCGUCGAGGGGCGCCUCCCCAAACAGAUCCAACUCCAGCCACAGCUGUACUGCUCAGCACAACCCAGCUGCUGCCUGUGCAUCAAAGACUCCCCAACAUUUAACACGCAAUUAUGAUAAACCCUGGCUGACAAACAGCAAAUCAGCUACUCCCCUAAAAUCAUCUGACUCCUUUGAAAGUCAAGGGUCAUCCAAUGAGGGCACUCCCAUCCAAGGCAGCAAACUGCGUCUGCCUGGCUAUUUGUCAGGGAAAGGCUUCCAGUCUGGGGAGGAAGGCACUCUUAUUAAUGCUGCUGUUCUGAAGGCCAGGGGUCAGGCGAUCGGCUCCAGCAAGAUUCCCAGCAGGCCAGGCAGUAAAGCGGGCAGCCGCGGGAGCAGCCGCAGAGGAAGCGACGCUUCGGACUUCGACAUCUCCGACAUCCAGUCUGUCUGCUCGGACAUGUCGGAGACGGUGACGGACUCCGGGAGACCCACGCCCCGAUCCGCCUCCCGCCAGCACGGGGGCAAACCUUCCAAAAUCCCCACCCCUCAGAGGAGGAGCACGCCCACCAGCAAACUGGCCAAGACCACCAAAAGAUAGUCAGUAGCCUGGCUUUAGUAGCGUAGAGGAGCAGCGUAGACCCCCACAGCACUGUGCUGGCGCACACUGGACAGAGACUGACUGGACAACCGUAGACACUAAAGACUGUAAAACAACUAUUAUUAUUUAAAAAUGAAAAAGCGUAGCAAGAUGUAAAUUAUUCUGUGUGGAGAGAUGUGGAGAAGGACGAGUGUGAGUGCAAUGUGAUGGUUUUGUGUAUUUGUCCUGUAUUUUUAUUUUUUUGUGAAUAAUGUCACGUCUAAUUAGUAUUUUAUUUCAGCGCUGCUACAACGGGAGAGGUUAGCCCCAGUGGGAAGGAACAACCGUACAUCGUGAAGCAAACUAACAAUUUUUCCACAUUGUUUGACUGAGCUGAUAGAGAAGCUGAAUGUACUGUAACCUCCUCGAGCUGACAUGCUUAUAAGCAAUGGUAUGCCACUGUAUUCCGCCAGGGCACCACAACUAUUUAUUCAUCUAUUUAAAGUGCAAUGAUGUGCUGCUGAUGACGCAUUUUAAAGGGCAAUACAAUACAUUCAACUGUAACCGACUGCCCAUCUUGAAACACUACAGAGAACCAUGGCCUUCGAACAGUCCGUCAUCCCCACCUGCUGCAAUCACCAAUAACGUUUAAGUUCUCUUAGCAUCGUGUGCCAUUUAACCUUCAGCAGAACCGUCCAAAGGUUCUGACUAAUAGAUAUUCAUAAGUGCAUUCAUGUCUGUGUAUUGUUAUGGUUCUUUUUUUUCUUGCCUGAGUGACAAUGGCUUACUCACAACGUUUUGUAAUAAAUCUGCUUGCAGAAAGCUAUGACGGUAUAUAAAAGCCAA